AUGAGGAAUAAACACGAGAACACGGCACUGCAUGAGGCGGUAGUAACAAAUAUUGUUGACGUGGCAAGGCAUUUGUUUGCAACAGAUGAAGUUGUGGCCUAUUUUCUAAACAAGGAAAGAAAAUCACCCUUGCAUUUGGUUCUUGAGAAGGGAAAAAAUGAAGUUGCUGAAUUUAUGCUGCAAGCUCCAUUCCUGAAUAGAGAGAAGCACCAAGGAUCCUCCCCGCUUCAUGCUGUUAUUCUGUCAGGGAGUACAGUUGAUCUGCUGAAUGAAUUAGUGGAAAAGAGACCUAAGCUAAUAUACAUGAGAGACCAAAGAGGAGGGAUGCCCCUUCAUUACGCAGCAUCUAUUGGUUAUCUUGAAGGUGCAUGCACAAUUACAAGUGCAAGUCCCGAAAGCGCUCUAGAGAGGAAUAUAAAAGGUCAUCUUCCCAUUCACAUUGCUAGCAAAAAAUGCCAUGUUAAUAUGGUCAAGGAACUUUUUCAACAACGAUGGUUUGAUUUUAUGGAUUUGCUCAACCAAAAAGGUCAAAAUAUUCUUCACAUUGCAGCAAAGAGUGGAAAACAUGAAGUGGUGAAGGAAAAACUGAAUGUUAACUUCGUAAAUAACAAAGGUAUGACAACCUGUGAUAUUGUUCUCCAAAGAAAAAAUAUACCACCAACAUUUCGAGAGUACCUAUCAUUUGCUAUCUUAAGGUCUGCUGGAGUACCCUUGAGUGAAAAGGGAAGAAUAAUCAAGCGUUUGCAUGCAGAACAACCUCAGAUUGAGUGGAUUAAAGACCUUGUUAGCACUAGCUUACUUGUAGCAAUAUUGGUUGCGACUGUAACAUUCACUGCUGGUUUUACCAUGCUAGGUGGUGUCUAUAGCUCUGAUGACAUAGACACAAAGAGAAGAGGCAUGGCCACUUUGCUCAACAGAAAAAUGUUCCAGCUUUUCACAAUCUGUGAUACAAUAUCUAUCUAUAUUGACGAUGUCAAUUGCAUUCAUGGCUGCAGUACAUCUAGUAGUGAGCAAUCUUACUUGGCUCGUUGGCAUUGUGAUGGUUAUUGGAACCAUCUUCCUUUUGAUGUUUUUGGAUAUCUCUCCGGUGUUGCGUUGCUUUGGUGUGACUGUGGGAAGCUUCGUUCCUCUCCCUUCUUCCAUCCUUUUGUUCUGAUGAUGUUGGAUAUGAAUGCAUGGGGAGGGGGUUUGGAGCAAACUAGAGAUUUGGAUUAUUGCUUUCUGACCGUAGAUGGGGAUUUGGAUUUUCUUUGA